AGGAGCGGCGCGGACCGUGGGGGAGGCGGCAGGGGCGAGGCGGGCAAGAGGCGGCCUCCGGCCGGGCUGAAUCGGAAAACGGCGGCCAGACUUCCCCGGGAAGGGGCGAGCGAGAGCCGGCCGGGCCGGGCCGCGGGGCCGGGAGGCACGGAGCGGGCACCUCCGCACCUGGCAGCCACCGAGGAGUCCGGCCGCCCACCGCGUGCUGCCCGAGCCCGCAGCACCCAACCGGCCUCUCUGGGAUGCCUGGGGACCCGGGCGUUCAGGACGGUAACCGAGCGAGCCUGACGAUGGGACGGCACCCGCAGCUCCGGCUUGUCAAGGCCCUUCUCCUUCUGGGGCUGAACCCCAUCUCCGCCUCCCUCCAAGACCAGCACUGCGAGAGCCUGUCCCUGGCCAGCAACAUCUCAGGACUGCAGUGCAACGCAUCCGUGGACCUCAUUGGCACCUGCUGGCCCCGCAGCCCCGCAGGGCAGCUAGUGGUUCGGCCCUGCCCGGCCUUUUUCUACGGUGUCCGCUACAACACCACAAACAAUGGCUACCGGGAGUGCCUGGCCAACGGCAGCUGGGCCGCCCGCGUGAAUUACUCCGAGUGCCAGGAGAUCCUCAAUGAGGAGAAAAAGAGCAAGGUGCACUACCACGUCGCAGUCAUCAUCAACUACCUGGGCCACUGUAUCUCCCUGGUGGCCCUCUUGGUGGCCUUUGUCCUCUUUCUGCGGCUCAGGAGCAUCCGGUGCCUGAGAAACAUCAUCCACUGGAACCUCAUCUCCGCCUUCAUUCUGCGCAACGCCACCUGGUUCGUGGUCCAGCUCACCAUGAGCCCCGAGGUCCAGCAGAGCAACGUGGUAUGUCCUGGCGGGGACGUGGGGAGCAGGCCCGGCCAAGCCCAGGUCAGAGGUGGGCCUGCCCUGCAGAGGAGGGGCCCACAGAACAGGAGUGGGAUCCCAGGUAUGCCCUGUCCUGCCCAGGGGAGGCCCAGGCCCAGGGCUUGGUGCUGCCCCUGCCCCCAUCAUCAUCUCCGGUUGGGGGUGGGGUGGCAGGCCUGGUGCAGGUUGGUGACAGCUGCCUACAACUACUUCCACGUGACCAACUUCUUCUGGAUGUUCGGUGAGGGCUGCUACCUGCACACAGCCGUCGUGCUCACCUACUCCACUGAGCGGCUGCGAAAGUGGGUGUUCAUCUGCAUCGGCUGGGGUGUGCCGUUCCCCAUCAUUGUGGCUUGGGCCAUUGGGAAGCUGUACUACGACAAUGAGAAGUGCUGGUUUGGCAAAAGGCCUGGGGUGUACACCGACUACAUCUACCAGGGCCCCAUGAUCUUGGUCCUGCUGAUCAAUUUCAUCUUCCUUUUCAACAUUGUCCGCAUCCUCAUGACCAAGCUCCGGGCAUCCACCACAUCUGAGACCAUUCAGUACAGGAAGGCUGUGAAGGCCACUCUGGUGCUGCUGCCCCUCCUGGGCAUCACGUACAUGCUGUUCUUCGUCAAUCCCGGGGAAGAUGAGGUAUCCCGGGUCGUCUUCAUCUACUUCAACUCCUUCCUGGAAUCCUUCCAGGGCUUCUUUGUGUCUGUGUUCUACUGUUUCCUCAACAGUGAGGUCCGCUCUGCCAUCCGGAAGAGGUGGCACCGGUGGCAGGACAAGCACUCGAUCCGCGCCCGGGUGGCCCGCGCCAUGUCCAUCCCCACCUCCCCAACCCGUGUCAGCUUUCACAGCAUCAAGCAGUCCACGGCAGUCUGAGCUGGCAAGCCACGGAGCAAUCCCCCAAGAGCUGUGGCUGGGGACAUGACGGCCAGGCUCCUGGACCACCCUGUCUGUGGAGGCAACCUGUUAGAUCUCAUGCCCACUCCCCCAGGAGCAGCUGGCACUGACAGCCUGGGGGUUCCACUCUCCCCCUGCAGCUGUGCAGUACUCUAGCUCAUGAGUGGAAAGUUGUCUACAGGACUGGGCCGGGCCCGGGGCCUCUGGCUUCCCUGCCCGAUCCUCCCUGGAGAAGGGACGUGGGGAUGAAUGGACAUGUGGCGCGGGACACCCACAGCAGCUCGCGUGUCCCUCCAAGGCUGUCUUCUCCCAGAGCACAACGCCAGCCUACUGGGGCCUGGGGCUGCCCUCGGCGUCUGUGGGGAGGCUGUUCGCUGUCCCAGGGCAUCAUGGCAACUUGUGACAGCCUCUGACUCACCAUGAUGAUGCCUCUGAACCUCGACGAUGCCUUCCAACACCACUGGGAACCAAGGGUCCUUGCUCAGGAGCCCUGGAGAUAGAAGUCAGGUGUCAUCGUCAGACAUGGGGCCACAGCACUAGUCACCCUCCAGGCCUCCAGAACCUCACCGGCACUGUGGCACUGCCACCAGCAAUGCCCUGCCUCGCUGCCUUCACCCUGAACAUUUACUACCCUGCAGGCCAGGCCAGCUUCCCCUCACUUCACCCUCACCCCACAACCAUCACCCCCUGCCCCAGGGUUUCCUCUUUUGUGAGAAGAUGGGGGCUGAAGGGAUCAGAGUGGCCUGUGAGCAAGAGCCAGGCGUGUCUGAGCCCCGGCAUCGGGGCCAGAGCUUGUGGCCCCAGAUGGCCUCUGGGGCAGGACCACUAGCUAAGCAAGCGAGGAGAAGGCCCUUGCCCAAGUGGCUGUUGGGACAGCGUGUGCUUACACUCCAGGCGUGACUGGCCCAGCACCCACUGAGCUGCCCAUGUCCGGAGGGACUGGACAGCCAGAGCAGGGUUUGGGGGGCACUAGGAGAUGAGGGUGUCGGCUGUGAGGUGGGUGGCUGGUAUAAAUAAUACUUAUCUUUUCAACCAGCA